AUGGUGAUUACAUGUGAGCUCCAGAAAGAAGGACUCUUCGACCUGCCAUUGGCGUUUUGGCUUCGCUGUCAGGAGACUCUUUAUGGGUCAAGUCCCGAGGUGCCGAUCUCCGAGGACCGUGCUUGGGUGAUCUUGCAGAACUACAGGAUGAAGGGUGUGGUGCACUACUUUGCUGCCAUUCUAAGCAAGUCGUGCUUCCGGAUGAUCCAUGGGCACCACCUGCGAUGCGAGACCGCAGGGGAUGAGCAGUUUUCUUUGUUCUGCUGUGUGCUUGUAGCUGGUGUCGUGAAUCUGUGCAAGGAUGCCAAAAAAAAGCCCGAUCUUUCGGCCCUAGACGGCCUGGCGGCGAAGUGGGAGGACGAUAAGGUGGGUGUCAUCAACUUUGAAACCAUGAGGCCCAAUGCGAGAGUGCUUGAGCUCUUGCUCCACCGGUACCUCCCGGAUGCCCCGGAGUUGAGGACGAUCAAUGUUUACGCAGCGCGCGAAGAGGAUCCCGUGAUCCGGAAGCUCUUCGAGGUGAUGAACCACUACUUCGAAGUUCAGCCGGACGUGGUUUCAGGUCUUGCCCAGGCCGAGCAUUUGGAGGAAGGAGAGGAGGAGGAAUGCAAGGAGGAGGACGAAGAACUAUCGGAGAUUGAGGACGACGGCUACAGUCGGCAGUUUGUCCCAGUGGACGAAUUGUUGGCCCAGGACGCUGAGUUAAGCGAUGACGUCUUGCUGAGGUUGUUGGGUGGAGGCCCAGCCGAUGACCCUGAGCCUCAGCCACCCGCCUUGAGCAGUGGUCUUACGGACGAGUUUGCUAAGAUGGCUUUGCAAAGUUCACCGCAGCAGCAGCUUGUUUCGGUGAAGGAAGAGUUGAAGCCAAAGGCUUUGGUGGACGGUAGCCCAGGGGCUUCCAUGGACAGCGAACCAAGCACACUGGUCAAGUCAGAGGACAGCAAGCCAAGCACAUUGGUCAAGCCGAACGACAACAAGCCAAACGUGUUGGUCAAGGCGGAGGACGGCAAGCCAAACACGUUGGUCAAGUCCGAGCACAGCAAGCCAAACGCCAACGGGCCGAAGGGCAAGCCAGACUCGGAGAUCAUUGAUCUAGUCGCUGACCCUACGCCUCCUCGUGUUGUUGAGAAGACACCGGUCUUUGGGGCACAUGAUGUUCGUUUGAAGCGCAUCGAGGAGCUCAAGUGCGAGAUCUCCAAACGGCGGAGAACUUUGAAGUGCCCAAGGCCUUUGACCUCGAAUCCCACGGUGAUUCAUGAGCAAGAGACACAGGUGGAGAACUUGUCGCCCGUUGCACGCAGUCUUGCGAAGCAGUUCGAAGCGGUUUCUGCUGAGCAGCCGCCGCCAGAGUCGAAACCAUCGACCGAAGCUGCGAUGAGCAAACCUUCGGAGUCACAGUCGAAGCCAUCGACCGAAGCUGCGAUGAGCAAACUUUCGGAGUCGCAGUCGAAACCAUCGACCGAAGCCGCGGAGCCUGAGCCUGACGACUUGUUCCAUUGCGCGGAUCCCGAUAUCACUCGCAAACGCCAGUUCCAGGAAAAGCAAGCUUUGAAGCUCGUCAAGGCUCACGACCUCGAGGAGGCGGAGGAUGAGGUUGCGAUCAAAGCAAAGCCUGAAGAGACCGAAGGUGGCCAGUCACCGAAGGCCCUUGAGGCAGGGGGAUCCAAGCCCUCUGCGUCGGCAGAGGAUAAGCCGAAAGCGGAGCCAGAUGCCAAGAACGCUGCGGAGGCAGAGAUUCCGGAGAAUGGCAAGGUGAAGGAUGCUGUGAAGGAGGCAACUCCUGAUGGGGAGGCGGGUCCCAAGCCAAAGCGGCAGCGGCGACCGGCAGGAGAGCCGAAGCAGACAUUCGCCUGUCGCCCCUGCCCGAAGAUGGAAGCGUACGCCAAGCAGCGGUUUGUGGCCAUCAGAGAUUCCUACGAGCUUCAUGUUAAGAACCUCCUGAAGAGUCCUUCUACUCACGAGGACGCGUAUUGGAGACACUGCUUCGACACUUUGAAGGACGAAAUCGAGGACAAGAAGGGCACCAAUGUGGUGCACGAUGUCCGCAAGAUCUGCGAGAAGUGCGCCAAAACUUUCCUGGCCUUGGAACCUGUGCAAGGUUUCUUGCAUAAACUAGUUUGGGUGAUUUGCUGCUGCGUUUGUCUGUUGCUGUCUUCUCUGAGAAUCCCCCAAACCCUGGAACUGAGGCUGGCUGAAGCAUGCAACUCCAGCCUGAGCAUCGAUCUGCUGUUUUGUGCAGCCCAGUGA